UUAUUAGCUGACUUGCAAAAUAAAAAAUUAAAUAAAAUUUAUACGGAGUAUUUAUUUGUGUGUCAAUUAGUGUUUGGAGGGGGAUUUGUAAAAUGUUUGUAAGUCCUUGCCUUAAAAAGGAAAAAAAAAAGGAACAAAAAAAAAAGAAAGAAAGAAAGUUUUACUUAACUCCCAAGACUGGCUUUUGAUUGAAAUGAGGAAUGAUCGGAAAUAAAUAAAUAAAUAAAUAAAAAUUGCUGAAAGACAAGAAAAUAUUACUAAAAAGAAAAGAAAAUUUUCCCAGUCAACAAACAACAAAGAAGAAGAGAGUAAAGACAAUCGUUGGGCGGCGUUUCCUUCUACAGUUUUCUUUCUAAGCCUCUGUAUUGAUUUGUUAAAGAAAGGGAGUGUGGUGAAUAUACUUCAUCGAUUACCUUCUAUUGCUAAGUAGAAGAAGCAAUUCAUUUUGGAAUUUUACUGUGGAAUGUUGUCAUUGAUAUCUGAUAUCGGCAAUUAAACAUAUGGGUGUUUGUGUUCAAUUCAGCUCAAAUCUUUUUAGUACUUGGAAUUUGGAAAUUUGUGGAUUUGCACGAAGGUGAAGAGGGUUUCAAUUUGGGCUGAUUGAGAUUUUAUUGUUUGGGUUGGUCUGUAUAAUCUGUAUUUCAGACUUGAUUUCUGUAUACAGUAUAUCUGAGCUUUCUCUUUCUAGAGAUGAUUUUGAUUUCUCAACUGUUCAGAUGACAAGGAGGUCUUCGGUUCUUCUUUUUUUGUUAAUAGUAGAAAUAAUGGAGGUUUGCUUGUUUUCGGAUUGAUGGACAUAGAUUAAGUUUUUGAGUGCGAAACAUCGGCUUUUUUCAGCUACUAAUUUGGGUCAUGUGGGUUAUAAAUGAUUCUGGUUUUUUGAUUAAUUGAUAUUGGGAAGGCAGAUUUAGGUCACAAUUAGCUUUGGGUGGUUUUUGCCUUAGAUCGGUAUAGUUCCUUUGGUUUUGUAGAGGGUGGUUUUGUGUUUGUUUAAUAGAAUGAUCAAACAGAUACUUGGUAAAUUUUCUCGGAAGGGCUCGAAGUCAGCUGGAAAUCGUGAAUUUGCUGGAACAUCUACCCCCAUUUUAAAUGCUUCUACCACUUCAAAGAACGGCGAUGCAGGAAAUAAGAAUUCAGGGAAUCCAAUCAAUGCAUCUUUUUCAGCCCCUUAUCCUGCUUCAUAUAUAGGAUAUAGUCAAGGAGAAAAUUUUUCAUCAGGUGUGAACUUGAAGUUGAAUGGGGAUUCAGUCAUUGCUUCUUAUGAUUCUUAUGAAGCUUUGCCAAGUUUUAGGGAUGUUCCAAGCUCUGAAAAGCAGAACUUGUUUAUCAGAAAGCUGAAUAUGUCUUGUGUGGUAUUUGACUUCACUGAUCCAACAAAGAACAUCAAAGAAAAGGAGAUCAAGCGGCAGACAUUGUUAGAGCUUGUGGAUUAUGUGACUUCUGUAAAUGGGAAAUUCACUGAAACUAUGAUGCAAGAAGCUAUAAAGAUGGUAUCUACAAAUUUAUUUAGGACACCUACUCCUCAGCCACGUGAUAACAAAAUUUUUGAAGCCUUUGAUUUAGAAGAGGAGGAACCCUCAAUGGAUCCUGCAUGGCCUCACUUGCAGCUCGUGUAUGAGUUUCUAUUGAGAUUCGUUGCGUCACCUGAAACGGAUGCAAAAUUGGCUAAGAGAUACGUUGAUCACUCGUUUGUUCUCAAGGUGCUGGAUCUAUUUGACUCUGAAGAUCCCAGAGAAAGGGAAUACUUGAAAACGAUUCUGCAUCGAAUUUAUGGGAAAUUCAUGGUACACCGUCCAUUUAUCCGGAAAGGUAUCAAUAACAUAUUUUAUCGUUUUGUUUUUGAGACCGAAAAACAUAAUGGUACAGCUGAACUUUUAGAGAUUUUGGGCAGUAUAAUUAAUGGAUUUGCUUUGCCACUGAAAGAAGAACACAAACUAUUUCUUGUUCGGGCGCUAAUCCCCCUGCACAAACCAAAGUGCUUGGCAAUGUACCAUCAGCAGUUAUCUUACUGUAUUACACAAUUUGUGGAGAAAGAUUGCAAGCUUGCUGAUACUGUUAUAAGGGGUUUGUUGAAGUAUUGGCCAGUUACUAAUAGUUCAAAGGAAGUCUUGUUCCUCAGUGAGUUGGAGGAGGUUCUAGAAGCAACUCAGCCAUCAGAAUUCCAGCGCUGUAUGGUGCCUUUGUUUCGCCGAAUUGCUCGUUGCUUGAAUAAUUUGCACUUUCAGGUUGCAGAGAGAGCUUUGUUUUUAUGGAACAAUGAUCAUAUCGAGAACUUAAUCAAACAAAAUCGUGAGGUUAUACUGCCCAUUAUCUUCCCUGCUCUGGAGAAGAAUUCUAGGAACCAUUGGAAUCAGGCUGUUCAUGGUUUGACACUAAAUAUCCGUAAAAUAUUCUUUGAUCUUGAUCCAGAGCUAUUCAAGGAGUGCUUGAACAAGUUUCAGGAAGAUGAAUUAAAGGAAGAAGAAGUUAAAGCAAGACGUGAAGCCACAUGGAAGCAAUUAGAAGAAAUUGCUGGAAAGAAUGCUGCAAGCAAUGAACCAGUGCUUGUACCUUGUAUAUGGCCCCGUCGUAUGUCUUCAGGUUAGAGAAAGAUGAAGAGAGAGAUUUAGGUAGUUCCAGUGGGCCAUUUCAUCUUUCCUGAUUGAGAUGUGCACUUCACAAAACCAGUAGCACACUGCAGAAAGGCAGAAUUUUUGUGGAUUGUCAUUGGUUCAUUUUGUUACUCCCCAAGUAGGGCCUGUAAUAGAAAAAAACAUAGCUUUAUGUGAAUGGUCUGUUGAUUUAAUCAAAUCCAUAGUAUACUUUUUUACCAUC